AUGGCGCGCCGAAGAAGCAGCGGGAUCACAAGCUUGGCUUUUAACCAGAAUCAAGGCUGCUUCACCUGUUGUCUCACAUCAGGGCUGCGCAUCUAUAAUGUGGACCCGCUCGUGGAAAAGGCACAUUAUAACAAAGAGGAGUUGGGGGAAGUAUCACUAUGUGAAAUGGUGUUUCGUACCAACUGGUUGCUGGUAGUGCGUGCCCGGAAACCUAGUAGCCUCAUGCUCCUUGAUGACCAGCAGCGAGCCUUUAAAGCAGAAGUACUCUUUAAGUCGCCGAUACGAGCCUUGCGGGCCAGGAAAGAUAAAGUGGCGGUAGUUUUAACAUCCUCGAUCCAAGUUCUAUCACUGCCAUCGUUACAGCGUGUCGCAUUGCUCCGUACUCCGGCGUCUGCUAGACCGCUGUGCGCGCUCGCAACCGAUACCAACGCGAUACAGCUGUUGGCUGCGCCGGCGCAUCGAAAGGGUUCGUUGCAAUUAUUGGAUGUCUCGCGGGCUGUAAAAGGUGCUCAGUCUAGUUCCCCCGCGGUAGUAGGAUGUCACCAAACCGACUUGGUUUGUCUCAGUUUGUCCCCAAAUGGGGCGAAGCUAGCGACUGCCUCAGAGCGGGGCACUAUCAUUAGACUUUGGGACACCAGCUCCAAACAGAUGAUUCACGAGUUACGGCGCGGAUCUGACUACGCUGAUGUAUACUGCAUAAACUUCAAUUGCUCUGGUUCGCUAGUAUGCUGUGUGUCAGACAAAGGUACGCUGCACGUGUGGGCGGCUCGUGGUAACUUUGCCCAUGUAUGUGCCACACCAGCUGCGAACCCGAUCAAGGCACUCUGCGCCUUCACAGACGAUACUAGCGCCGUCGUUAUAUGUGAAGAUGGUACUUUCCAUAAGUUUACCUUUUCUGCAGAAGGAAAUUGUCAUCGGAGCGAUUUUGAAUAUUUCCUGCAGGUGGGCGAUGACGAUGAAUUUCUACAUUGA